GGAAGCGGUGGCCCCAAGCCCUUGUAAGGCGGAGGCGGCUUUGCCCAGCCGUCUGCAAGGAGACGUGGCGGCGGCGGUUGGGUCCCCUGCACUAAGGACGCUUUGUAGUACCUCCUCUUCUUCCUCCUCCUCCUCCUCCUCCUCCUCCUCCUCCUCCUCCUCCUCCUCCUCCUCCUCCUCCUCCUCCUCCUCCUCCUCCUCCUCCCCCUCCUCCUCCCCCUCCUCCUCCCCCCCUUCCUCCCCCUCCUCCUCCCCUCCUCCUGUUCUCCUCUGGUAGAGGAGGUUGUGACGGUGGCUGGAGGACGCGGCAAUGGAGGAAGGAGACGGCGGCUUGCGGAGCCUGGUCCCCGGAGGGCCACUGUUGCUGGUUCUGUACGGUCUCCUGGAGGCGUCCGGCGGCGGCCGAGCGCUGCCCCAGCUCAGCGACGACAUCCCCUUCCGAGUCAACUGGCCUGGUACCGAGUUCUCUCUGCCUACAACUGGAGUUUUGUAUAAAGAAGAUAAUUACAUCAUCAUGACAACUGCUCAUAAAGAAAAAUACAAAUGUAUACUUCCACUUGUGACAAGUGGGGAUGAGGAAGAAGAAAAGGAUUACAAAGGCCCCAAUCCAAGAGAGCUUUUGGAACCACUAUUUAAACAAAGCAGUUGUUCCUACAGAAUUGAAUCUUACUGGACUUAUGAGGUCUGUCAUGGGAAACAUAUUCGACAGUACCAUGAAGAAAAAGAAACUGGCCAAAAAGUAAAUAUUCAUGAAUACUACCUUGGGAAUAUGUUGGCUAAGAAUCUUCUGUAUGAAAAAGAACGAGAAGCAAAAGAAAAUGAAAAGUCAAAUGAGAUUCCCACUAAAAACAUUGAAGGUCAGAUGACACCCUACUAUCCUGUUGGAAUGGGAAAUGGUACACCUUGUAGUCUGAAACAAAAUCGACCCAGAUCAAGUACUGUGAUGUACAUAUGCCAUCCUGAAUCUAAGCAUGAGAUCCUUUCAGUAGCUGAAGUUACAACUUGUGAAUAUGAAGUUGUCAUUUUGACACCACUCUUGUGCAGUCAUCCUAAAUACAAGUUCAGAGCCUCUCCUGUGAAUGACAUAUUCUGUCAAUCACUGCCGGGCUCUCCAUUUAAACCCCUCACACUAAGACAGUUGGAGCAGCAGGAAGAGAUACUGAGAGUGCCAUUCAGGAGAAAUAAAGAGGAAGAUUUGCCAUCUGCUAAGGAAGAGAGAUUUCCAGCCAUCCACAAACCUAUUGCUGUUGGCUCUCAGCCAGUGCUCACUGUUGGAACAACCCACAUUUCCAAGCUGACAGAUGACCAGCUCAUCAAGGAGUUCCUAAGUGGCUCUUACUGCUUUCAUGGGGGUGUUGGUUGGUGGAAAUAUGAAUUCUGCUAUGGCAAACAUGUACAUCAAUAUCACGAGGACAAAGAUAAUGGAAAAACUUCUGUAGUUGUGGGGACAUGGAACCAAGAAGAGCAUGUUGAGUGGGCUAAGAAAAAUACUGCUAGAGCGUAUCAUCUUCAAGACGAUGGCACCCAGACAGUCAGGAUGGUGUCACAUUUUUAUGGAAAUGGGGAUAUUUGUGAUAUAACUGACAAACCCAGACAAGUGACUGUAAAACUAAAGUGUAAAGAAUCAGACUCUCCUCAUGCUGUCACUGUGUAUAUGCUAGAGCCUCACUCGUGCCAGUAUAUUCUUGGGGAUCUUGAUAUAGCUGUCUCCUGAGAAGCUUUGCCAGAGCCUUACUCUUACAGAAGCGGAUGCUUGCAGCCAACCAUCAGACUGAAUACAGGGACCCCAGUGGAAGACGUAGGGGAAGGACUGAAGGAGCUGAAGAACAACAGUAUCAAUACCAACCAACCAGACCCCUCAGAGCGCCCAGUAACUGAAUCACCAACCAAAGAAUAUACAUGGAGGAACUCAUGGCUACAGCUGCAUGUGUAGCAGAGGAUGGCCUUAUCAUCAAUGGGAAGGGAGACCCUUGGUCCUGUGAAGGCUUGAUGCCCCAGUUUAGGGCAGUGAGGUAGGAGUGGUUGGAUAUGUGGGGGAGCACCCUCAUAGAAGCAGGGGGAGGAGCAUAGGAUAGGGGGUUUUCAGAGGGGAUACUGGGAAGGGGGAUAACAUCUAAAAUGUAAAUAAAUAAAAUAACCAGUAAAAAUUUUAAUAAAAUAAAAUUCAGUCUUUCAAUUGUGGACUCCAGUGAAAUCAAAAAUCAAAUGCUUUCUUUUUGUUUGUUUUUAUUUGCUUGUUUGUUUGGUUGGUUGGUUGGUUGGUUUGGUUUGUUAUCUUUGAAUAUAGCCUUGACAGUCCUAAAACUCUGUAGACCAGGUUAGCCUCAAAGUCACAAAGAUCUACCUUCCUCUGCCUCGAGGGUACUGGGAUUAAAGACAUGAAAAACCACUGCCUGGCCUCAAAUUCUCAAGUGAGGGUGACAAGGGCCAGUAAUUGCAGUCUUGGGCUGUCAUGUCACAAGGCUCACAACUUCCUGAAACUUCUACUUCAGGGAUCCAAUUCUCUCUUUGGCCUUAGUACUCACCUGCAUUCACAUAUACAUACCCAUACACUGAUAUGUACAGACAUAUAAUUGAAAAUACAGUAAGUUCUAAGAAAAUAUAUUUCAGAGAAGGAUAUGACAGUGCCUACUGUCACCUACGGGGUCCCAGCACUGCUAUGAGGAGCCUGAGAGAUCCACAGAGGUCUCCGGGGGAGACAAGGCUGCAGCAGCUGAGUCUGCAAAGCAAGCAGUAUCUCCAGAACAAAUGAAAAAGGCAGUCUGAGACCAGACAGUGUGAACAGCUGAGAAGCAGAACUAGAGGCACAGCAGAGGCCACAGAUAGGAGAACAUGGCUGAGGUUAAAAAAACAGCAUGUCAUAAGUAGAGCCUUAUCCUCCAGCUCCUGCUACCAUCAGACUCAUCUUGCCCUAUCACCUCCUGCUGGUGCUGCUCACCUUGCUUGCGGCAAGGGUGGGAUGGGGAAUGUGAGCAGAUCAAGGGAUGGGGAGGUGAGCUCUGUCCUGGGCACAGCCCAAGAACUGAAAACAAGAUACAAAAUGAUCAUGCAUGGGAUACCAACAGUAAAGCUUGCACGGAGGGUAGGGUGGUGUACAGCAGCCUAGAGCUCUGAAAGAUUCUGCCCCCAGACAUGAUGCCCAACCCUAUGAUCACCCUGGCUCUGAGCAACAAUAAGAUAUCCGUCCAAGAGAAGAAAGUUCAUUUUCUGGAUUAAGACUUCCCAGAAGAUUUAUAGGGUCCAUGCUGUCUGUGGUCUUUGCUUCCUCCAGAGUUCAUGAUCCACGUUGCCUGAGGCUGCUAUGAGGAGGAAGCUGCUUUUGCAGUAAUAUCAAUGACUGCAGAUUCAUAACCGAGAAUGAGGGACAUUGAAGGUUUCUGUGACAACCCCCAGACCCCCCACCAAAAUAAAGAAAAAAUAAAUAGAAACAGCCCAGACAGUAAGCUAUUAAAGACAAUGCUUUAAAACUGUGAUAAAGAUGCUGAAGUGUAGCUCUUCACAGUUGAUGGCUUCUGGUUGGGAGGUGGGGAAGGAUUGGGUUUCUUUAAGGUUCUGGCCACUGGGAGUUUGACCAUGUUCUAAUUGAGUAUAUGGGCAACACAAAUUGGACUUGGUGGGGUUUUUUCCCUCCUUUCCUUUUCCUAGGGCGGAGGGGGAGAAAGGUGGGAGGAUGGACUUGGGAGGAAUGAGAGGCAAGUGUGAUAGGGUGCAUUGUAUGCAAUUCCCAAAUAAUUAAUAAAAAUAUUAUGUUGGAGAAAAAGAAAAUAUUUCUCCUCACAGGAACAUAAUCUUUCAUAAAUUACAUAGUAAUCAAAACACUUAUUUCAGUGGACUAAUACUAAUAUUUCAGUGGACCUAUUGUAUGAAAUUCUCAUUGUUCCUUGGAUCUUCAGUCCUGUAGAAUGAUAUUUUUAAAUCAAUAAAUUGCACUAAUAAAUGGUGAAAAAUAACUAAAGGUUUAAUCUAUAACCUCCUUAUAAAUUGAAUGUUUGGUGUCCUAUCAAAAUAUUAAGAAAAACAAAAAACCUUCUCUAUGAAAAGGAGACAUAUUUUAAAAUUUGUAUUACAUUUGUGUGUGUGUGUGCUUUUUUGUGUACAUGUGUGAAAUAUGUAUGUAUGCUGUAAUGGCUAUUCCUGGUGUCAACUUGACUAUAUCUGGAAUGAACUACAAUCCAUAAUUGAGGGGGCUCACCUGUGAUCCAGAUCUUGAGGCAGGAAGACACAAGUUUCUGACCUGGAUCUUAGCAUAGAGAUCUUGAGGCAUAGAAAAGCUUAGGCCCGGGCAAGGUAGUAUUUGCCUUUAAUUCCAGGAGACUAAGGCAAGAUCUCUGAGUUCAAGGUCAGUUUGGGACAAAACUAGUCCCAGAUCUAGGUGUGGUGGUACACACCUUUAAUCGGGACCACACCUUCUGCUGGAGACCUGCAUAAAGACUCUUCUUCCAGUGCUGGCAUUUACUUGCCAGCACAUCUGUUGGAAUCUACUUCUACAGAAGACAAGCUGAAACAACCAGCCUUAUGGGACUGAGCAACUACUAGAUUCUUGGACUUCUCAUUCACUGCUGACCAAUGUUGGGGUAGUUGGACUACAGACUUAAGUCAUCACAACAAAUUUCCUUACUAUAUAGAAAGAUUCCAUCUGCUCUGUGACUCUAGAAAACCCUGAUACUAAUACAUAUGCCAUGGUACUUGUGUGGAGGGCAACUCAACGGAGUAGAACCACCAUGUGUGUUCCAGGAAUCAAACUCGGGUCAUCAGGCUUGGCAACCACUUCUAUUUACUGAUUCAUCUUUGUAGCCAACAUAUACUAUUUAAAGGAAUCUUGGAGUCAGCAUAGAACACACCAAGGCAUCAAAUUCUCAGCACAAAGAUUUAUCCCAGAAGGAACAAUUGUGGCAGGAGCUAGAUCAGACAAAGACAGCAGCAGGUGUCUCUGCAGGAAUGGUUUUUAAGCAGAAGAGGGAAGUUUGUGCUAUGGUAUAUUGGUAAAUCGUGAUUGGACAUAUAAGUCAGAGUAGCCAAUAAUUAAUUUUGAUGGCUGAACUUUGAUGGUGAGCCUCAGGGAUGAGUUAGCCACAAGGAAGUGGCCAAAUAAGACCUGGGUGUCUAGUUUUAGGAAUAUAAUCUAACAGUUCAGCAAGAGAGAAGGAAAGAGAGAACUUAAGACCUACCAGUGACAUGCUCAGGCCUGUUAGAGAGUCCUUUAUUAUUGUAAAGGACUUUUAAAUAUGGUAACUAAAAUCUCAGAUUAGAUUACAGGGGCUUUCUCCAGAAACCUCCCAGAAUACAAAGAGCAAAUGAUUUUAUUGAUGUGGGAAAAAAACCACAGCAGCCAAGAUUGUCCUCAGCCUGGAAAGGAAGGACUCAGUGAGACACUUCUGCCAUGUACUAUGCUAAAAAAACUUAAGGACAAGGCCAAGCACAGUGGCACUCAGGAAGCAGAGGCAGGCCAACCAGGGCUGCACAGUCAGACCUUGACUCAAAGUAGGCAGGAACCCUGGAGAAAGAGCUCAGCAGUGACUAUUAUGGGGUAUUCACCAGAGUAGAAUGUAAAUGAGGACUUUUCCACGCAUACCCAGCUCCCAGAGGCUUAUUUAUUUAUGAAUAAAUGCAGAGACAAUAAGCUAGACUGGUU